AGAGUAGGGCGACAAGAACAGGUUAUCCUGAAAGAUGUCUUGUUUUCCAUGUGUGUCGGUUAACUACAUUGUGGGCUUUACUGGAAUGAUAGUUUCUGACGCCAUCCCAAUCAACGCAUCUGUGUCUCGUGUCCAAUGUGCGGGGCUGUGUUGGGAGGACUUUAGAUGUAACUCUUUCUUCUAUAACAAACAUGACAGGUACUGUUACCUCUCCUACACCAUCAAGGACCGGGUGUACCAUCGAGUGGAACUGAAAGAAGCAGAAGGCAUUGGCUACUAUCUUAUUGAUCAAGCCCGUGGUUGCAGAGCAGACUCUGGAUAUGACUUCUCAAGAAUAUCUGACCAAUGCUAUAGGUAUUACACUGAAAAGAAAGAAUGGAAUGCUGCCCAACAGGAAUGUACGUCUGUCAGUGCUAAUUUGAUUCCUAUCCAUGAUGACAGAUCACGUGACCUGAUGAGAUCGUUAAUAUCUACAGGAGUGGUAUGGAUUGGAUUGAAUGACAUCGCCUCGGAACAAGCCUGGGUCUGGGUAGAUGGCUCGGCCUUGACAUCAAACUACUGGAACCCAGGGGAACCAUUAUCUAGUCGUACAAGUAACUGUGUAUGUUACAACCCACACCGCAGCCAGGGUUGGGAUGACGUCAGGUGUAACAACAACUAUCCGUUUGUUUGUAAAUACACACUGCAGUGAAAAUGGCAUGGACAAGCUAAAGCUUUACGUCUACACUUAUCGUAAAGCAUGCCUCAUUCAGAACAUGUGAAUAUUUGUUGCUUGAAAUAAUCAAAGUGAUCUAACCAUUUAAAGUACAGUGUGUAGACUUCAAUAUUUAUAUUGAUAUACAUUACAUAUAUCUUUCACUAACAGAGGUUGUUGUCGCAUAAGAAGCUACUUUAAAUUCGAGUAGUCUGUAGACCUUCAUCGCAAGGGACAAACUGAAAGUUUCAGCUUAGCAAUUCAUGAACCAUUGAAAUUUGUAUGUACCUGUUUUGUUAACCUUCCCCUUGAUUAUACAUUAAAAAUAUUAUGGUAAUCUGAAAGAGCCAUUUGUUGAAACCUGUUC